UUUCCCUCCACAAGUUACAAACCAGUGAGUCAUCGCAACUUGGAGCAGGAGAUUCUCCGGAAGCCAGCGACUUCUGGCCACACUUCUACUACGAUUUUCUUCCCGAGAACUAAAUAUUAUAACUGGCAAGCACAGUUUUUCUUUGUGGUCAGCGAUGUACAACAGAAAUCCCUCGGACAGUACCUCAGAGGACUCACAAUCUCAGGCCGGGAUAGCCAGCGAGUCUAAAUACGUCGCCGAUAUCUUGUCGUCCAUGGCAAACGGGGAGCCAGCGGCUCCUACGUACACCUUACCGGCGUACGCCAGUGGAGUGACCACAGGAACCACGCCCACACUCACACCUACCACGCUGGCUAACAUCGAACAGACGUUCAUCGAGCUCCAGUCCGUGCCCGUGAACUCCGGGGGACAUGACCCUCUCACCCAGAGCGGCUUCGUCCCGCCCAUCGUGGAUCCGAUCUCGGGCUCGGACCAGACCCCAGGUGGCACACCGGACCACUAUGACUACAGUGAUAGUGACCAAGAGUGGAUGGGUCCAGCCACUAAGACCUCUCGACAGGGCUCAGGCAAGGCUGUUGUUACCGGUACCUCUUAUCCCUCAGCCAGGGGAAGGAAAUCCCGGCGUCUGGAUGAUGAUCUCGAGUUCUCCUCAAACGCUUCUCCCGAAGAAAUCGAGAGGAGGAGAGUUCGGCGAGAGAGGAACAAAGUGGCUGCCGCCAAAUGCCGCCAGAGGAGAGUAGAUCAUACAAACCGAUUGAUAACGGAGACGGACAAACUUGAAGACGAAAGAUCUUCAUUGGAAUCUGAGAUACAAACUCUUCAGAAGCAAAAGGAUCAGCUAGAGUUCAUUCUCCAGGCUCACAAGCCGUUAUGUAAGGCCGAUGGUAUCAUGGAAAAAUCCCGAAUAAAGCCAGAGUUCCAUUCUGCUUGUGGGGCGGAAACUGACCAUAGCAGCAACGGUGCAGCCGCAUUUCCAAACGGCAUCACCACCAUCAAACAGGAAUUACCUGAUUACGUGGAUGAGUACGGUAGUCAGUGUGGGAUGAAGCCUGACCAUCACUCUCUCCACCCCUGUUCCCGACCCAGCACUCUGCCUCUCCAGGCCAAACCAGCGCCAGCCAGAUCUCUAGCCCAGGUCACACUGUCAUCUGCUACAGGAAUCUCCAUCACCACGCCAUCUAGCGGAUUCUUUAGCUUUGAUGGGUUUGACGGGCACAGUGGUUUGACGCCUAUCGGGGGUCCAUCUUGCGCUAGUCAGAUCCAUAGGAACUCGGCAGACAAUAGCCCUGACGGCGUCACUUCACCAACUCUCAUCUCAUUGUGAUACUGAUGCUGCUGCGGAGGAGGCAUUUUAUAUUUCAAACUUUUGAGACAAUUUAAAAAAAACAUUGUUCAUCUGAACAUGGCUGUUUUGUAAUUUUGUUCAUGUGACGAUGGAAAAACUGCUGAAUCAUGCAGUAUCCCCAGCAGUAUCUGGUUAUGGUCAUGCAGCAAAGAAAAAAAGACUAAGUGGACUUUUUAUUGUCUGAUAAUGCCAGUAGCCGAUGCAGAGCCAUUAGAAAGCAUCGCGGUGUUUAAAAUGUUAGAUUUUGUUUCUCAGUAUUUUGUGAAGACAGUCGGGCUUUGUUGCUCUUUGGUUAUGGAUCUAGAAAGUCCCGUGCCGGUCACGUGGUCGAGAUUCAGAAGUUAUGAAUAUGUUUCAAUAGUUUAUAUAUUUUAUAUUUGGGCAUAUGUGCUGUACAAAUGCUUUUUUGUUUGUUAACUUCUACAAAUAUAAUUUUCUGCUCCACUUUUCUGUUAUUAAAGUUUCGAUAUUUGUUAAAAGUUAGUGGUCAAAGGUAAUUAUUUUGUGUCGUUUUUUUAGUGCUGAAUUUGGAAAAGCUUGUUUUGCUCAAAAGCAAUUGUUUACUCUUGUAUUUAUAAUUUCGAGGCGUGUUCUAAGCGGAUUUGAGCAAGUCUAUGGCCCUGUAGGUUCAAAUUUAGCCGUCAAAUCUUGUCUUCUCUCGUCUUUAUGAUGGAAUGUGGGAUAUGGCGUAGUUUCAGCACGAUUGUUUCGACCAGCACCGUGUUAGUGACGGUCUUCCAUACCGAGGAAACCUCCCGCGCUCACGUUUUGUACAUUUGGCAGAGAAGGCUCGGUUUUAUGAGAAUAAUUGCACUAGCAAACAAUGGAGUGUGUUGGGAAUGCCAGUAAGCUCUGGUGGUUCCAAACACAGCGAUGUGAAGCCUGCCGAUACAGCUUGUUCCCAUGUGACGAGAAUCCUCUCUCUUUCUAAGCCCGGAUUCGGCCUCUAAAGCCACUAGCAGAGAUACUGUUUGAUUUCAACCGGUUAAUAACGCCGCGGAGUUUUCCAAGUUCUGAUAAGCCUUAAGACCGAGAUCUUAUUGAGAUAUUUACAUAGUGUGUCUACUAUGCAAAGAACCAAGUCAGCUAUAUGCUAUCCUCAGUGUUAAAUAUCCAUCAACUUAUGCAUAUGAUCUUUACCAUUUUUUUGUACCAAGGCUGUUUGAAUGUAAUUUUGAUGAUACUAUUUCUGGGUAUUUUUGACGAGUUGGUUGCCUGAACGUGCCAUAACCGCUCGUAUAUACGUGCGUUGAGCCGGUGACGUCUAUCUAUGUAUACAUUCACUAUGUCUCCAACGGUACACCGAAGACGGCAGUUUUUUUAAACUUUACAUUUUGGAUCUACAUAUUACAGAUGCCAGGUGCUACGAAAUAUUUAUAUUGUAUUUAUAUAUAAGUCUUCCCUUUACGUCGUACGUACUACAUUUGGCUGGAAUGGUAUGUCUUAUGAGAUUGUCAUGCUCGCUGAAACAGUUUGUUUUUAUAUACAUGUAAUUGUGGGCUUAUAGACAGUAGACUAAGGUACUUUCGUGUGCUAACUGGCUGUAUAUAUGAUGGCGACAAACUGUUAUUGCUGCGUCGUGCUAUUAAAGGCUGCAUGUCAAUCUGCGUUCCUGUUCAUGCAAAUCUGUGUUCUGCAAAAUGCAUUCUAAAUAUUGAUCAUUAAGAUCAUUAAGUGUAUAUUUCGCUAUCAAAAUCCAUUUCACGUUUGUCACGUCAUUUCCAUAGUCGUACACAUUUCGUGUGUAUAUGCAUGGUAAUAUAUAAGUAAUAAAACAUUUGAAACUUA